AUGAUGGACACAGGUGCAGUUGCAGUCUGUGACCUUCCCGAGCCCCUGCAGGCAUUCACGAGCACUCUCGAUGAGCCCCACGGCUGCAGCUGCUGCGAGGACACCCCUUCCUCUCAGAACAUGGUCUGCCUGCCGCCCCACGUGUUCGCUUUCUGCAUCGUGAUGUCGGCCUUGGUUUCGGCAAUCGUGGUGGCGAACCAACGCAUCUACGGGGCUAUCCGAGAAUACCUUCGGCAACUCCUGGAGCCGUCUGCGAGUAGGGUGCACAACCCGCGCUUGCUGCACCGAAGCGCAUCCCAUCAGUUGGACAAGGAUUCGGAAGGGGCGAACGUCAUCGAGGCUGCCGAGGCUAUGGACCGCGCCGCCGCCGCGCCCCUAGCGCUCGAACACAAGAUACCGGCUCGCUACGUGCGGGCGUUCUGCGGCAACGAGAAGCACGCGUUGGAGAGGUGGAAAGCCACCCUCAAGUGGCGCAAGGAGAACGAGAUAGACGCCAUCCUCAACGAGCCUCAACAGUUCUUCCACGAUAUUCGACGCUACUUCCCGAGUCACAUGAGCGGAAGGAGCAGAGGGGGGCACAUUGUGGUGUACGACAAGCUUGGAGGUGUAGAUAUGCGGACACUUCGGAGAAAGCUAGGGGUGACCGUGCCAAUGCUCCUCAGGCACUGGAUUUUCGUGUCGGAGUAUAUGUACCGCGUGCUGCAGCCGACGGACUCGGCUCAACAGAUCAACAUCGAGGACAUGAAGGACGUCAGGAUACAGACCUUGGCGGGAAAGAUCCAGGAGUACGUAAAGGCCGUCGCCCAAUUGGCUCGCCUUCACUACGUGGAGCGCUGCCACAAGACCUUCGUGGUGAACGCCCCGGCAUGGUUCGGACUCUCGUUCCGUGUGGUGUCUCCGUUCCUCAGCGCUAGGACGCGGCAGAAGAUCCGCAUCUUGGGCUCCGACCUUUCCGCUCUGCAGGACGAGAUUGCUCCGCAGGCUGUAAUGAGGGACUUAGGCGUGCCCCUCGGCGAGCAGGAGAGGGCCGUGCAGGGGGGGGAGGAGAGAGAGGGUGCCGGGGGAAACGGUCAGCGGGCGGAAACAGGCACACUGGAGGCUGCAGCAGCGGUCGCAGCUGCGGAGGAAAACAGUCUGCGUGUGCAAGGGCAACAGGGCGGUGGCGUGCCGGCUCUCGAAAAGAACGGCGACAACUCAGGUCGACGUACGCCAUCAGCAGCGAGGGAAGAGUCUUGA